GUAAGACAACAAAUUGAAACCUAAAUAAAAGUAAGGAACAAAUAUGAGUGUGUUCCUUUCCGACAGGACUACUCUAUGAAAAUCAUUGCAACUGCAAACACAUGUAUGAGUAAAGUAGUAAGUAACUUGACAAAAACAUUAGCCGGAAAAGAAAAGAUGAACAGCAUAACCACAAUAUCUUUGAAACCUUGUCUUCCUCGAAACAAACUGCUUUAUCCCAAAACCAACUUGUUCACAAAAUCCACAACAGUAGUUCGUGCAAAUCUUCAGCCACCCAAUUCCACCAACACAACACAGCAACAGCAGCUCAACCUCUCUGUUCUUCGCUUCACAUUAGGGAUACCUGGUUUUGAUGAAUCCUACUUGCCUAGAUGGAUUGGUUAUGCUUUUGGUUCUCUUAUCCUAUUAAAUCACUUCCUUGGUUCUGAUUCUGCCACUGUUACAUCACCCCAGCUUAGAACAGAGGUUUUGGGUCUUUCUUUGGCUUCCUUCUCUAUUGUGCUGCCAUACCUUGGUAAAUUUCUUAAGGGUGCUCAACCAGUGGAUCAAGCAACUCUACCAGAUGGAACACAACAAAUAUUCGUCAUGUCAACCGAUAUAGCGGACGGUCUGAAAGAGGACCUAGCUUGGACAUCAUAUAUUUUGCUGCGUAAUACAAAUGCCAUAGCUGCGCUCAUUUUUAUUCAAGGAGAAAUAUGUGCAAGGGGCUACUGGAACGUAAUCGAGGAUUCGUCGAAAGAAAUUCUUCUUGGACAGUUUAGGAACAAAAUUGAAAAUGCAGGCCUCAAUGAUUUGAAGGACACCCUAUAUUUUCCACAAGAUGCAGAUUCUGAAUUUGAGGAUCUGGUACCUAAAGGGACUCGCUCACUUUUGGUGCAACCUAUAUUACAAGUUUCUAUUGAGACAGCUACUGAUUCGCAAAAACCGGUUGGAUUUAUUCUGCUAGUCUCGACUGUGAGGUAUGCAUUUAGCAUUAAAGACAGAGCUUGGAUUGCAGCUGUUGCCAACAAGCUUAGAGGCUGAUUAGGAUUUCCCUCAAGUUCAAGCCAAACUUCGAUUCAAUUUUGUACAAGUAGAUUGAAGAGAUAAAAUAGAGUAUCUUCUGCAUGGAUGAUAAAGUGGUAACAAAAGGAAAGUAGCAGUAAUAGAAGCAGAAUGGUAUCAAGCUUGUGAUACUACACAUUUUUUAUAUCAUGCUUGUAGGUGUAAUUAUGCAGCCAAUUGACCUGAUGAGUAACGACCAGAAGAU